AUGUCGUAUUUUGUUUUAUUUUUUUUAAUUAUAAGUGGAUAUGUAUUUGCAGCACCAAUUUUUCAAAAAGAAUCUCUUAAAUUUAGUACUCUUGAAUGUAUAUCUGGUAACAAUGAAACAUCAUCAAAAUAUAUUGUUCAAGUCUUUGAGGUAAAUGAAACAUGUAUUCGAGUAAAUUCAUCAUCAUCAACAGGAAAUGAAGUUUAUUUAUAUAUUAUUCCCGAAUACGAAACUAAUUAUACAAUUGAAAUUAAAGUUGAUAAUUGCUCUACACCAUUACCAAAUCUUCAUCUUAGUGUAUGUAAUGAACCAAAUAAUUUUAAUCAAACAGGAGUAAUGGUUACUUUUGAAUAUGCAAAUGUAACUUUAUCUGAAGUUGUCAUUGAAGAACAUGAUGCAGCAACAACAACUGAAUCAAUGUUUUAUACAGGUCCAACUGUUUAUGAAACAUUACAUCGUCUUGAUUUUGAAGACGAAGAAGAUGAACAUCUUUUAGCUACUACUAAUGCAACAACAAUUGAUUUGGAAAAUACAAACAACAACAACAACAAUGUCACUAAUGAAAUAUUAAUAUAG